AUGCGCUGGUCAGCCCCGACUUUCCUUCAUUCGGAUGGCCACUGCGUCGACGCUGCUGCCAGAACUGGAGGUUCCCAGAGACUGCCCGCUGCGCAGGAUGGCAUGCAAGGGUGGACUGCGUCAGGAUCGUAUGUCUCAGCCCCAACUAAGGAACUGAGAAGAAUACAACUUGACAUUUCCGCGCCAGCCAUCCUCCCCGCAGUGCAUCCAAACCCUUCUCGCUCACUCCAGUGCAGCCUUGUAUCGGUCCUCGCCCUGUCCUGGAGACUGAAGUUCAUCGAAGAGGACCUGCAGCCGCUGCUUCUGGGCUCGGGCCAGCAUCUGCAUGGAGGGUGGCAGGGAGUACACUCAGCCAUUUGGGUUCUUUCAUGGAGAUGGCCGACAUGCAGCAUGUCCUACCUCAUUUCUAGCGAGCGCGCUGGAGGUGCCAAGUAA